AUGACACUUCAUAGCGGCGAAUACCCUCGCCGCGCUCGCGUUUUAUACCUGGCCUGCGGUUACUUCGAGGACCUUAUAGCACAGCACUACCCUGCGCUGUACUCGUCCUCCGCGAAACCUGGCACUCCUGCGCGACGGACCAUCAACCGAUGCGUGGCCACCGUUGAGGAUCGAACACGCAGAGUGGAUCCAGAAUUGCACGACCGCAGACUGGUGUCCUUGCUAGCGGUCCCGCUCCAUUGGGACUUUUUCGGUUACAUUGUCGAUUAUCUAGUCAAGGCAUCCCUUGUCUGGUCCGCGGCCCCAUCUCAGUAUCAUUCUAUAGCACAGCCUACAGAAGACGCACUCAAGACUGCGGCCUUGUUUGACUUUGUCAAGCGUCUGGUCGUGGCCUCCCGCGUGAACACUGCGGCCGUGUUGGUCGCACUGGUAUAUGUAGACAGGUGGAGCCACAGUUCAGUUGCGGAUGUCCCGCAGUUGAGCUGCGAACAAGUUUUCUUAGCCGCUUUGUUUCUAGCCACAAAGUACAUGACGGAGAGCUCAUAUUACUUGAAGUAUUGGAAGGUGUGGUCGGCAAUGUCGAGGGCCGAAAUUAGAUGGGCGGAGCGCAAGUUCCUCAAGGCAAUUGACUUUGAGGUCGGCAUUCAGGAAGAACACUUGCUGGUCCACUACGACGAGGUGAUGAAGCGAUGCGUCAUUAACAACGAACGCAUCCUCCCUCCACUUCCACAGAUCCCUCGGAACCUCGUCCGUCGCCGAGCCCAUGCCGUUCGCCGCGUGGUUGCCCCUGCUCCCGCCUUCAUCCCCUUCUUCCCUGUCCAGGCGAGUCCCGUCUCGCCUGCGUUUGGAGUACUGAGAAAGGAAGUGGACUGGUCUGUUCAUGCCGGAGCAACAGUACCUUUCUUGCCCUCAUUGCCCCCUUUGUCUUCAUCCUCGUCAUUGUCAUCAUACGCCUCGUCCUCUUCUGUGGCCACUCCCUAUAACCUGGAUGAGACAUUGCAGCUGCCAAUCAUCCUGCAUAAACACUACCCAGUGUCACACUCCCAGAUCCUACCGAGCAUCUCAAAAAUGAUAUCAAACCCGUAUAAUCGCCUCCCCGGGUAG